AUGACAAUUGACGGUAAAACUAUUUGCAAACUAAUACAGUCAUUUCCAGUUUUGCUAAUACUAGCUCAAAAACACGAAAAAUGUCUAAAAACCCCUUUCAUAUACAAACCUCCAACUCCCACGCACGCUCCAGAAUACUAUGAAGCAUAUGAUGCUUUGAUCCAGAAUCUUUUCGGUCAUGACUGCUAUUACAAUAAGAAAUCGCACGAGAAAAAGCCCUGCCAUUACCCAGAACACGAAACCCCGAUAUACGGACACGGUUCACCCACAUACGCCCACGAAUAUCCAACUUACGCCCACGAAUAUCCAUCUUACGGCAGCGAGUAUCCCACUUAUGGCCCCAGUUAUCCAACGUCUGGCCAUGCUAUUUAUGGGCAUAGUGAUUCCAGUAUCUAUCCAGUGCUUUCGGAGGGAAACCAGGCGUUCACCAGGAAUGGAUUUAUAAAUAAUAUGACGAAAUAUACAUAUAAAAGCAAUUACGCGCCCAGUCAGAAACACAAUGUAAAAAGAAGAGUUAAAAUUGUCGUGAAGAGCAAGGGAAGGAAGAGAUCGCAGAAACUCAAAGGUUAG